AUGCGUUUCUUCAGCGUUUUCGUUACAGCUACUCUGGCCUCAUUGGCUAUCGCACACCCAGGGCCUCAUAAAAAGGCCACGAGAGCCGAGAUCUCCCGUCGACAGGAACUCUCUGCUCGUUGCGCCCAGCAUUCCGGCGAAUACAACGCAAAGAGACGGAAGAGGGCAUUUGAGAAGCGACAGAGUGAUACGACGAUCGAAGCCACAACAGAAUCACCUUACUAUAAGACAAUUCAGAAUGACACCUGCGUGCUGACCCCCGAAGUGACGGCUGGUCCUUUUUGGUGGGCAGACUCCCAGACGCUACGUCAAGAUAUGAGUGAGGAUCAGCCCGGCGUGCCUCUAAUCCUCGAUGUCGGAGUGCUGGACAUGGCGACAUGCGAGCCCUUGGAGGGGGUCCUGGUGGAUCUUUGGCACUGCAAUGCAACGGGCAAAUAUUCUAGUUUUACCGCAUUGCCUAUGGACGAGGACAAAAAUGCCACGGAUAUUCAUACCGGUAAUGAGACUUGGUUGCGGGGCAUGUGGCCGACGGAUAGUAAUGGAAUGAUGGAGAUGAAGACUAUUUUUCCAGGCUAUUACUACGGAAGAUCAAUCCACAUUCAUGUGCAAGUGCAUACUGACUGGGUGGCAAGAGAAAAUGGCACACUCGCCAGUGGAAAGACCGUGAGCACGGGGCAAUUCUUCUUUGAGGAGGCACUUUCACAGGAGAUUGUAUCAAUCCCACCGUACUCGGAUGUGGUAGGGAUCGAGAGACUCGUUAAUGGCUUGGAUGAUACGUUCCAUAACGAGAAUACCGAUGGGUAUAAUGCGAUAGUAUCAGUUAUUCCUAUCGAUGGCGAUGACUUCAAGAAUGGGAUGAUUGGCUAUAUUACAGUGGGUGUGGAUACAGAGGCUGUUGAGGACGCGUUCCCAGUGUGA